AUGAGCGAGGUCACUUCCACCGCAUCGCCGCCUCCCGGCAAGGCAGCAUCCACUUCCGAAGCCCACGAGGUCCAAGAAGGUGGUGACAUCGUUGUCGACACUCCCUCCCACGGCCAGGUCCGAUAUACUCGCAAGGAAGAAAAGCGCCUGGUCCGCAAGAUCGACUUCGUCGUCGUACCCAUCCUCCUCGUGCUCUACCUCCUGUCGUUCCUGGACAGGUCCAACAUUGGCAAUGCUAGGCUCGAAGGCUUGACUGCCGACAUCAAGCUCAAGGACUACUCUACCGCCCUCACCAUGUUCUUUGUCGGCUACGUGAUCGGUGAGGUGCCCGCCAACAUCGUCCUCAAGAAGACUUCUCCACCGGUAUGGCUGCCCACCUUGACGCUCGUCUGGGGCAUCAUCUCGGUCGUCCAAGGUCUCGUGCACAAUCAGGCCGGUCUCUUUGCUGUCCGCUUCUUCCUCGGUCUCAGCGAGAGUGGUCUCUUCCCAGGAUCUGUGUUCGUCUUCAGCAUGUUCUAUCCACGCCGCGAGCGACACUACCGAGUAGCACUUCUGCUGUCGGGUGCCGCCUUCUCCGGUGCUUUCGGUGGUAUCCUGGCCUAUGGCAUCGGCUUCAUGCGAGGCGUUGGAGGGAAAAAUGGUUGGUCGUGGAUCCUGAUCAUCGAAGGCCUUCUCACCAUCGUUGUCUCCCUAUCGGCCUACUGGAUCGUUCCGCACUAUCCUCAGAAAUCACGCUCGUUCUCCGAUCGCGAGAAAUCCAUCAUCGCCGCGCGAAUGCAAGCGGAUCGCGACGGCCUCGACGAGGAAUCUUUCUCGUGGGACGGCGUCAAGCAGGCUUUCACCGAUCCAUACGUCUACCUCUACGGCCUUCUCUUCCACGGCUUCGCCUUUGCGCUCUACACCAUCUCGCUCUUCAUGCCGACCAUCAUUGCCGAUCUGGGCUACACCGCUGCCAAUGCCCAGCUUUUGACGGUUCCGCCCUAUUUCCUCGCCUUCAUCUUCACAAUGACGAUCGCUCACAUUUCAUUUGUCGUCAACCGCCGGCUCGUGUUCAUCAUCGGAUGCGCCUGUCUCGCCAUUGUCGGCUACAUCGUGCAAAUCGCCUCGCCCACGGUUGCGGGCAGGUACGUUGCGAUCUUUAUCGCCACGCCGGGUGUCUACGCGGGAAAUGCGCUGCUGCUCUCGCUGCCAUCGGAGAACGUAUCUGGCCAGACGAAAAGAGCGACGGCGCUGGCGAUGCAGAUCGGUUUCGGAAACAUGGGCAGUAUCGUCGGUGUGCAGCUGUACAGGAGGCCACUAGGGUCGCUCGCGAACCCCAGGUUCCACAUCAGUCACGGUCUCGCCAUCGUCUGGCUCGGAUUUGGUAUCGCGGCUGCUUCGACACUGUGGUUUCUGCUCAGCAGGGAGAAUCGCCGCCGUGACGAGCUGCAGGCCAAGGGUCAGCACGAGAAGGAGUCCAUUGACGAAGAAGAGCAGAAGAGGCUCGGUGACCGUCGUCUGGACUGGAGAUACCAUGUGUAG